AUGAUUGUAAAUUUUCAGAGUGAUACCACAGUGGCCACCAUGUCUAAUCUGACGUUCGAAGCGACGCGGUUCGAAAACGGACGCAGGUUCAUUUGCAAAGCUGUGAACGACGCUAUGAGAGACAACAAUGAUCAUCCCAUUCAUGCCACGAGGGAACUAGAAGUUUGGUACCCGCCGAUCGUUCACGUGGGCCCGCCCAACAUAACGGUAGUAGAAGGCACCAAGAUCCUACUCAAGAGCGAAUAUGAGAGCAAUCCGUCAUCCCUCACUGAAGUUGUAUGGUAUCGAAAUGGCGAGCGUCUCAACGUAAACUCGAGCCACUACCAAGGAGGAAGCACGGACCAGCACGCGCUGAUCAUUCUCGAUGCUAAUGGAGAUGAUAUGGGGAACUACACCUGUCUGCUCGCCAACGUCGUGGGCAACGGGACCACUGAGGAAAUAAUCAGCGUGAACGUACUAUUCAAGCCCCAAGUUCGUCUAAUAAUGAAUCCAGAGAGUCCAAUACUGGAAACGGACCACAAGAAUGUGACAUUGACCUGCGAGGUGGUCUCUGGAAAUCCCUCGGUGCUGGACGAGGUGAUCUGGUACUUGGAUGGGGAGGUGUUGAAGCAUCUGCCCGAAUGUAACGGGACCGACGAUAACCUCUGCAACGAAGUGGACCCCUCAAUGCUGCUCCUCCAAGACACGACCAAGAGCUUCCACGGCAACUACUCCUGCAAAGGCAAGAACUACGCCGGCUGGGGAAACGAGAGUCAGAAUACUGAGCUCAUCGUUAACUACCCUCCGGGAGCGGCCAAGUUGACUUACUCCCCUUGGCGAGUAGUGAAGGGCAAGUCCUUGGUGCUGAGCUGCAGCAUCCAGGAGAAGGGCAGGCCUGAAGCCCACAGAUUCCGAUGGCACCGCGGCGGGCGCGUGGUGAGCGACAUCGUGUCCCAGAACUGGACCAUCGACCCCGUGACCUUGGACCAUCGGACCAACUUCUCGUGCCGAGGGGUCAGCGCGGGGGGCGAGGGCGAGCCCGCAUUCGUCAACGUCGACGUCUUGGCGCCACCUAGUUUCAAAUACGCGAUGAACCACUAUAGCGGAGCCUUAUACAAAUCACAAAAUAUAUCCCUGUCGUGCACGGUGGAAUGUGCGCCUCUGUGCAGCGUCCAAUGGCUGAAGGACGGGCAGAUCAUCGACCCCGCCAAGACAGACCGAUAUUACGUCGUCGAUCGGAAGAUCCCUCCCCAAGUCAACAGGAACGACUUCGAGGCCACCGAAUCUACGCUGCACUGGAACAUGUCUUCGUGGCCGGGCGGGGCUCUGUCCCGAUCGUCGGACACGGCUCGCUACACGUGUCGCUCCUCGCGCAACGCCGCCGGGCCCCCGUCAACUCCACCACCAAGUUCGCCGUCGAGUGUGAGUGCCCUUCGUGCCCUUUGUGCCCUUGGCUGUUGUUAA